CAGCAGUGCAGAAAUACAGUCAGGCUGCAAGACUUCUGAAUAUUAGUGUAAGGUUUUUCUUUUUUAUCCCAUUCAUCUUCUUAUGAUAGAAUUGUGGGACAAGUUGGUGUAGGGCAGAAGAAACGACAUGCUGUCUAGUUUUCAGCCUUAGCAAAGAUUAAUAGGGGUAUGUGGAAUGCUGACAAAACAUCUGAACUUGUAUUUCUUGGGAACAGUAGAGAGAGGCGAAUUAAUGUCUUUAACAGAGUAGUUGAAAACCCUGAUUGAAUACUUCCUCAUUCCUUGCAGUUGGCAAACAUGAAUUAAUUGGGCAUAAAAGUUGCAGUGAAGAUCCUCAGUCGACAGAAGAUUCACAGCCUUGAUGUUGUAGGAAAAAUCCUCAGGGCGAUUCAGAGCCUGAAACUCUUCAGGCGCCCUCAUAUAAUGAAACUGUACCAGGUCAUCAGUACUCUAACUGACAUUUUCAUGGUGGUGGAAUACGUUUCAGGAGGAGAACUGCUUGAUUAUAUAUGUAAAAAUGGAAGGGUAAGAAGUAGUCAAACUCUACAAAUUAAUGACUUGCAUUCUGUUAUUGCUUUUGUAAUGUUCCUGUGACACUUGAAACUGAGGGACAGACGGGUUCUUUUGGGGGAUCCUUAGCAGAAUUAUAUAAAUAAAGCCUUAUUUUUUUUUUUAACAGGGUAUCAUGGUUAGUAUAGCACAGAAUUUCUGCAAACAGAAUCAAUGCAGUAUAAUUUACAAGUAGCAUAAUACAGAAUUUAUAAUAAAACUUAACAUUUGAUUUCUAAUCGCCUGGACCAUCUGCAGAUUGUGUCACAUCUUAAUACAUGGUUUACUAUAUCAAUAUAACAAUCGCAGUCUGGACUUAAUCCUGUGAAACAAUGAGUCACUCACUCGAUCCUGGAGGAAGGAGACAAUGGUGGUGACGUCCCUGGCCUUGGGAGGUUUCGGGUCUGGCUGUCUAGCAGCAAUCCUGGUCCAGGUUCCCCACUUCAGACUUGAUUUUAUGGCCAGUGCUCUCUGUGCUGUUACAUUUCCCUGUUCUGUGACGGGGUCAUCACCACCACCUGGUUGGCUGUGUACCUGGGGCCUUCGAGGCUGCUGAGGAAGGGGGUAAUGAGUCUGGCACGCAGGAACCUUGAGGCUGGUUGGGAAGGGAAAAAGAAAUCUGUUUGGUUGGUUUACUUGGUUCGCAGGACCUUCACAGCCUGAUAACGUGGGAAAGGGAAGAAAUACAUGCCUCAGUCACAGAAUGACCGUUUGCCUCAUGAAAUGGUAUGAGCUGUGCUGACCACAUUACCAGGCACCAGGAGCAGGCGCUUGAUUGGAAUGCAGGUAGACGUGUGUUCCAGCAAAUCCUUUCUGGCAUGGCUUGCUGUCGCAGGCAUACGGUGGUAUGCAGAGAUCCGAAGGCUGAAAAUGUGCUGCUUGAUGCACACAUGAAUGCCAAGAGAGCUGACUUUGGUCUGUCAACUAUGAUGUCAGAUGGAGAAUUUUUAAGAAGAAGCUGUGGUUCCCCCAACUAUACUGCACCAGAAGUAAUUUCGGGAAGGUAGGCGUUUUUUUAUAUUGGAUACAUGUGUGCACGUACUUCAGUCAUUUUGCUGCUUAUUUGUAAAGGCUACAGAUCUCGUGCAAUUGACAUGCCCGAUGCUGAGAAACUGUAGGCUGAACCUUUAAUUGUUCUGAUAAUUUCCCAUAAGUAUUUAAGGCUUCUGUGGAAUAGCUUUCAAUAGUUCCUGUAAAGUGGGGAUGAUAUCUAAUGUCCCACAUGCAGUAUGCCUUAAUUGGUUCAAAAAUCUCACUUGCAGUUCAGAUCUUGGAAGUAGAGGUAUAGACAGAAUUAAUGGAAAGUCUGCUGUGAAGCUCAGUAGCAGCGAAAUACCUGCUGCAGAGUAAUAUUUAGUCUGAAGGAAACUUCUCUGGUUUUGGACUGUGAUUGUCAAAUCAGCUUUCAGCUACCACCCUAAUAUUGCCUCUGGCCGACUGGAGGCCAAGUGUCUGUUUUAUUCAGGCAGUAGCAUAGAGUGUAUGACCAGUUCUCCUAUAUGGACUUGUCUUAAGCUUUUCAGCAUCACCAUUUAGGGGUACAGAUGACUUUGCAUAGAUUCCACUGGUAAAGGGAUUUGGGGUGAAAGUCAUCUUUGGGGGCCAUUUGUGAGGAGAUUACAGGUGAAAGGCAUGGGUUAGGGGACUUGCUAAAGGGAUUUGGGGUGAAAGUCAUCUCUUGGGGGAAUUUGUGAGGAGAUUAGCGCUGCCUGGGGAGGGAGCUCAGAGCCCACCCAGUUCCCCCACUGCCAUGGGCACGGACACCUCCCACUGGAGCCAGGGGCUCAUCCAUCCUGGCCUCGAAUCGCUCCAGGGAUGGGGCAGCCACGGCUUCUCCAGGACACCCCGGGCCAGCGCCUCCUCACCCUCACAGGAGAAAUUUUCUGCCUGAGGUCUCCUCUCAGUCCCCUCACCCCCGCCUCAGACUGCCUCAAAAUACAGCCUUCACCACCAAUCUCCUGACUCAAAAGAUGACUUUCGCCUCCAGUCCCUUCACCGAACUCCCCCAAACAUCAACUCUCACCUCAAACCUAUUCCAAUUUCCCCUCAAGCUCUUCCCAAAUGUCAUAUUUUUACCCCAAAUCCCCUCCGUAGCUCCCCCAAAAGGUGAUUUUUACCUCAAAUCUCCUCUCAAACUCACAAAAAAUGCAACUUUCACCUCAUUGUCCUCCCCAAACUCUCCAAAAUCACAACUUUCACCACAAAUCUCCUCACAUUUCCAGUCAAACUGCCCCGGAAUAUGGUUCUUUUACCUCAAAUCCCCUCAUAAAAUCCCCCAAAACACAAAUUUUACCACAAUUCUCCUCAGAAAACCCCCAAAUCCCUUCCCCAAGUUCCCCCAAACCAAGGCUGUCACCUCAAAUGCUCUCAAAUUUUCCUUCAAAGUCCCCCAAAUAGGAUUUUUUUACCCCACAUUCCCCCAAAAUGCAACUCUCACCUCAACUCUCCUCACAAUUAACCCCCAAAAAGAUGACUUUCACCGCAAAUCCCUUCCACAAACACCCCAAACCAUUUCUUUCCCCUCAAACAUUCUCGCAUUUCCACUCAAACUCCCUCAAAAUAGGAUUGUUUUACCCCAAGUCCCAUUACAAACUCCCCCCAAAUCCAACUUUUAUCACCCAUCUGCUCACACCUUUCUCGGAGGUGAUGUGUGAGAUCUCCCCUCAGUGUCCUUUGCCCCAGACGAAUAGGCCACAUUAGAGAGAGCUUUUCAGGUAUCAUCUGUUUUCCUGACCACACAAACCACCCUUCUUACCAUUCCCGCCACCAUCUGUGUUACACUGGGGGUGUGCACUGCUCUAUGCAGAUAACGCAUUCCAUUACCACAAAUCAUCCCCUUUGUGACUGUUCUCACUCACUGCGUUUUCCUGGUCGAGCUGUGAGAAGUCGGGAUAGUGACAUCUCCUCCGCCUGUAUUCUUCUGCCAAAAAAACACACAGCAAGACUUAAACUGCAAGCUUUAAGCACGUAAACUCUGAAAUAUCGUGGCACCGAAGGAAAACCACAAGCUUGUCAGCAUUUACAGGUCAGGGGUGAUGGUGGUUGCCCAGCAGGAGGACAUCUGGUGACACCACCUGGAGGACAUCUGACAUCACAAUGACAGGAGCUUUCCUUAGUCCACCUGUGCCCAGUCCUGCCACACUUCCCCAAAGGGCAGUGGAGGAGGAACAGGGGAAGACAUUUCCUAGUCGGAAUCACAGCCAAAAUGAUGAAGUAUCCCUUCAUCAGAUUCCCAGCACUGAAAGUGCUCAGCCUGGCAGAAGUCGUAAGAGUUUGGGACACUGUGUCUGAGUACAUGCUGCAGCAGAUUGCACUGAACAAGGGUGUGGCAAUAGAUGGCCUUGGUGUUUUCUACGUGCUGAGACAGCACUACAGUAAAUUGAACGGGGAUGUGCUUGCACCGAAAUUUCAUCUGUUGGAGGGAGUUAUGCAGGCUCAGAGGAUCAGCCAUGCCAACAGAGACGUUCCUGAUGACCUCCAAGUCGUCCCCCUGGACUAUUCUCAGCUCUCCCUGAAGACAACUGUUUCUGAGAAGAUGGUGGAGGAAUGCGUGAAUGACCUGGUGGUGCUUUUCACCUGGGGUGCAGGGCUCGGAGAAGAUUAUGACCUUGUUUUCAAGGGCAUAGGUAUCCUUAGGAGCCGAGAUAAUAUCCUCAGAAUGACUUACUACAAAGACUUUCUUCUUGCCAUCGAUGGCACUGGAACAGUGUUGAACUGCAUGCUCUCUAACCCACUUACGCGGAUUAAUGUGAUAUCAGACAAUGACUCUUCUGCUUUCCACAUGAGUCCUCAGGGGAUUCGUGUGCUGCCCAUGUUUGAGAUUAAGCUCCCCCCUGGAAGAACAGCUGAAGACUUUUUUCUCAUGAAGGGAUCUGGGAACAAACAAGGAACCCCUGGUAGCCGGUGUCAACAUCCUCAAAUGAGGCAUUCACCAGGCAAAUUGACAAGAGCCAGGAAGGCAAAAGGGGAAAAAGAGAGUACAAAGAGUGAAGAGUUUCACCAGCUGUUACCCACUUGGAAGUUCCAGUUGGAACAGCAGGAAGACAUGGUUGAGGAGCGAGAGAAAGGGAGUCAUCCCGAAGACAGUGUUCCUCCUGGAAGGAAAUUUUCUGUCAGGACGUUACCCGUCCUGAAGCCUGAAGAGAAGGUGGAGGCACGCUUCGAAGUUAAGCCCCCAGAAAGGUCAGAGUUAUCGCAGGUGCCUCCUCUGACACCGAGGCCUCCUGCGAUGUCUCCGGGAAAGCCUGAUGAACAAGGCAGAGGGAGUCAUCCCGAGAAAAGUGAGAAAAAGGGAGAAAGAAGACAAAGUAAUGCAUGCGUCCUGACAGAGGCUUGCCAAUUUCUGCUAUGUGCAUUAGAGCAUGGAAAGAAAGCCCUUCUCAAAGGGAGUCAUCCCGAGAAGAGUGUUCGUAAUGGAAGAAAGCAUUCCAUCAGGACGUUACGCACCCAGAAACCUGAAGAGAAGGUGGAGGCACGCUUUGAAGUUAAGACCCCUGAAAGGUCAGAGUUAUCACAGGUGCCUCCUCUGACACCGAGGCCUCCUGAGAUGUCUCCGGGAAAGCCUGAUGAACAAGGCAGAGGGAGUCAUCCUGAGAAGAGUCUCCAUCCUGGAAGGAAGAUUUCUUCCAGGACUUCACGUGACAGGAGGGCAGAAGAGGAGAAGGGUGUGUCAGGUCUGACAGGGAAGCCCCCAGAAAGGUCAGAGUUAUUGUGGAUGCCCCAUCUGACUCCGAGGCCUCCCAAGAUGCCUCCAGGAAAGCCUGAUGAACAAGGCAGAGGGAGUCAUCCUGAGAAGAAUCUCCAUCCUGGAAGGAAGUUUUCUUCCAGGACUUCACGUGACAGGAGGGCAGAAGAGGAGAAGGGUGUGUCAGGUCUGACAGGGAAGCCCCCAGAAAGGUCAGAGUUAUUGUGGAUGCCCCAUCUGACUCCGAGGCCUCCCAAGAUGCCUCCAGGAAAGCCUGAUGAACAUGGCAGAGGGUGUCUUUCUGAGAAAAUCUUCGUUAAUCAAGGGAGGUUUUGGCCCAAGAUAUCUAAUCAAUUUGAAAUGGACUUGUGGAAGGGUGUAUAUAAGCCAGCAGACAGUGUGGCACUGCAAAUUGUGGGGAAGUCCCUGCUGAAGGGCAGGACCCCAAGUCAACCACCGCCGCCAGGAGGAGCGCAUGCACAAGGGAAGUCCACCUGCGCCCAAAGCCGACCGCGCCUCAGACACUGCUCUAUGGACACGUGUGGCCUGCCAGGUGGAGUUUGUCAUACCUCCCCAGGACUGAGGUGGAGCAAAGGCAGGGUCUCAAGGAGGAAGCAGGUGUAUGUGCCUGUGAAGAUCUCUGUGCAGCUCCACACUGCCCUGCUAGCCAUCCAGCAGGUUGGGAAGAGCAGAAGGAAGGGCUGGAAGCCAGAGCACCUGUGGUUCCUUGGAUGCAUCUCUUCGAGCAGAGGUGGUGUUGUGCCCUCCUGCACUGCCUUCUUCUCCCCAGCCAGCAGCAGGGGACAGGAUGCACCUCCUGAACUGUGUGAGAAGGUGCCAGGAGCUGCUUCUGCCUGGAGGAGUCAAGAGUCCCAUCAGCCUCUGCAGAACUGAAGAAAAUGUGGCACAUCAGAGCCCAGGCAGGACUCCUCUAAGUGGUAGCGACCAGCCUGUACUUGAAAUGGAUCUGCUGGAAAUAAAAAUGCUACUGCAAACCUCAGGCGGAGUGGACAGCCAGAGUCUGGCUGUGGUGGCGGGAUAGGAUAACCUGGGCAGAGGUUCCUGAAGCCAUUUCUGAGGCCUUUGAGUACUAUGAUUUCUGUGAGGGCAGUGAGAGAAGACACAGUCAUUGCGUUCGGUCCCCCAUAACGGCAGUGGGACAAGGAGCCAGCAGAGGCUGUCCCUGGCAGCAGGGGGCAGAGCCUGGGAUGGUGAAAAUGCACUGCCUUGCAGAGUGCCAGCCAGCUAUGUCCCCCUCCCUUCUCUGCAUCACUGACAGGAUAAGGGGUCCUCGUGUCCAGCUUGGAUACCGGCAUCCAAAGUGACAGGCCCCGAUCAGCAGGGCUGAAACAAAAUCAGUGCCCCAUGGAUGAUCCGUAUCACGUUGCUCUGUGCACUCUAUAACUGUAAC